CUUAUGCUUAUGAACGUUGAUUUUUUAUUUUUUUUUCGCAGAGAGUGUGUCAAACAUAUUGGCGUUGCUGUAUGUUUGGCACAAGGCUGAAUCUCGCUGUUCCCGGUACGUACGACUCCUUUGCCGCUUGGGAAGUCCCUGAGGGUAUUUACAAAAUGAUUAAGGGCGAGUGUGGAUCAUCAAUGGCACAAAGUUGGAUGGGGGCUAGCCAGAUCAUUGUUCCAUGUGUUAUCAGUGAACAUUAUGUUAUUGUUCGAAUCCAUCCCGGACUUUGGCAAGCAGAUUUGUUCGAUCCAAAGUAUCAUGGUUUGGAUGAACAAUCCAAACUAAUGCGUGCCGAUGAAUUACAGCCACUACUAACUUUGUUCUCUCGAGUAUUGGAAUCUGCUGGAUACUGGGCUACAAACGAGUUAGCUUUGACGAGGAAGACCCGACCAUUACAGAUAUACAUUCCGGGUCCAGAAGAGCAGUUUACCCAGAAGGACUUGUAUUCAUCUGGCCCAUUCGCAUGCAUGAUAGUGGAGCGUAUCAUUUCUGGUCAGCCAAGUAUUACUUGGGGGGACACGCGCGUCAACAAGUAUAGGGAAUUGAUUGCCGCUAGCAUUUUUGAUAUGGGUGUAGUGGAUGAGUAGUUCACGUAUCAUAUGAACAUGUUUUUUAUGCUUAAGACAUUUGCUACCUUAUGAUCAUGUUUUGUAUUGUUAAGACAGUUGCUACCUUAUUAAGACAUUUGCUACCUUAUGAUCAUGCU